GCUGAUCCUUGCAUCCGCAGUUUGCAUGCUUACCUUCCCUGGAACUGACACGGUGAUCCUUAGCCGCGAAAAAAUUUACCUUCUUAAUCGAACUUCUACCAAAGGGUGAGAUAAAAUCGUAAGAUUGAAGCUUUCCUCAAAUCGUUCGUUCGUACCUGAUAUGCGGGCAUGAAUAGUAAGCUGUAUUUGCUGGUGUUUUUGUUUAUUUUAAAUGGGGUGAAAACGCUGAGGCUGCCGAGGGACACCGCAGUUAGUAGUACAACGCCUACUCCGGAUGAUGAUGAAGACGAUUGGGAUGAAGAUGAUUCCGGAGAAGAAAUUGACGAUGAUGGAAAAAUAUACAAGAACCCAAGAAAUUCUCCAUCCACACUAUGCCCCAGGGAUGAAGAGCAAGCUACUCUUUUGGGUCAAAAAUGUUUAAGAAAGUGUUCCUCUGAUGAGGAUUGUAAAAGCAAGAAGAAGAAAUGCUUAUGUGAUGGAGCUUGCGGCUUAUCUUGUAUUAAGCCUGAUAGGGAAUGUCCAGAUCCAGAUUCAAUAGCCUUUGGAGGCGUCACAGCUAGCGGCAAGUUAUUCGGAGCUCGUGCAACGUAUACCUGUCAACACGGUUAUCAUGUAGUAGGCUUGCAGAGCAGAACUUGUCAAGGUGACGGUCACUGGGCUGGAAGCCCUCCUGCUUGCAAACAGAACAUAUACUGUCUAUCGCCACCAACAAUAGACCACGCCAGGCAUAAUGCCCUUCCAGAACAGACCACAUUCGACUUGGACUCUACCUUGCAGUACUAUUGUCAUACGGGUUAUGUCACUAACGGCUUUCCUAGGGCUAAAUGUUUGGCCAUAGAUGGGCAGGCUUCUUGGUAUGGACCUGAUAUAUCCUGCGAACCUCGAUCAUGCGGUGCACCAUCCGACAUAUCGCAUGGUUGGCAUGCAGGAGAAUGUUACACGUAUGGAUGUAGGAUAACCUACCACUGUGCUGAAGGCUAUGAGCUUGUAGGGAAAAACGAACGGUUCUGUCAAGCUGAUGGUACUUGGACGCCUAAAGAGCUGCCUACUUGUGUGCUUGUGACCUCCGUCCAAUGUCCUACACCAGAGAACCCCAGACAUGGCAAAGCUAUCUUCACCUCCUGCAGUUAUAACUCGGUGGUACGGUAUGAGUGUAAAUAUGGCUAUACUUUGGUUGGAGAGAGCACCAGACGGUGUGGAGCAGAUAGGAAAUGGUCAGGAUCGAUGCCUAUUUGUAAAGAAAUAAACUGUGGACAUCCAGGGAGGUUAUGGAAUGGAUGGUUGGAAGGUAUUGAAGGAGGAACGGGCCUUGGAGCCUCCAUUAUUUUCAGAUGUCACGAAGGGAUGCUACUUGUCGGCAACAGUUCUUCCGUAUGCUUAAUCGAUGGCAAAUGGAGAUACCCCCUGCCAAAAUGCUUAGCUCCAUGCGUUGUUCCUCAUGUCUCCCAAGGUCGAGUGGUUCUAUUUUCCAAAAACGAAACAGCUACUACCUCAACGGUUGUUCAGCACGGAGAGCAGUUGUUAGUGGAAUGCGAUUCUCAGUACGAAUUUCUUGCCAGCACCGAUUUUGUGACGUGUGAUAAUGGUACUUGGACCACCAUACCUAAGUGCGAACCAGCUAGAUGCAAGUCUUUGCCAAAAGUACCUCGAAACGGGAUGGUACUUGCUCCGAAAAUGGAACAUGGAAUGAAAGCAAGAUUCAAAUGCAAGGAUGGCUUUAAGCUUAAGGGAGAACACUUGAUGGAAUGUUCUUUUGGAAACUGGACUGGAGAAAUGCCAAAAUGCGAAGAAGUGUACUGUCCAUAUCCAGGUUUAGUGGAAAACGGAAAGAUCCUGUUGGUAGGCAACAUGGGCUUAUACGAUUAUAGACCGUAUGUAAAGAAGGUGGCCAAUAACAAACAAAUAAUGUACGAUUGUGAUAAGGGACAUGUGCUAGCGGAAGGUCCACCAGGAGCAACAUGUAUUGGAGGAUCAUGGAGUCCCAAAGAACUACCCAGAUGCGUCCUGGGCCAACAUCCAAGGAUAAGGUGGAAUAGAAGAAAACGAUCGUUGGUAACAGAGAAAUACAAGAGAUCCUUCAUCAGAAAUUACAAAGUAAUUUAUGAGAAUCGACAGAAAAGACGCGUACCAGACUAUCUUUCAUUAUUAGAAGAGAAACCAACUUCAAUUAGAAAAACAUUGGUAGAUGUUUUGAGGGAGAUAAGUAGUAACCGAAUAAAGAGGGCACUCAAAGGUACUACAGGUGGCAGUGGUAGCAGAGCCCUAGGAGCCAGCCAUCGCGGCUCAGGCUCCUCGUUGAACCUCCGCAGAGGCAACAAAUUCAAAAACGCCGUCGACGAAGACGUCGAUAUGCCGUCUCUCAACUUGGACGACAAAUCAAAAGCAAAACGAGAUCCCUGCGAAGAGCUGUCUCAGGAGGACUACAUCCACGUGAAAAUCAUCAAGCCAGGGAGAGAUCCGAAUCUUCCUUACAGCUCGGGAGUCACAGUGAAUGUUACCUGUGAUAAAGGGUACGGGUUGAACCUGCCUGAGAAUAAGACGGCCAAGUGUAUGAGGGGAAAGUGGAAACCGAUGAAGCCAGAAUGUCUUAAAGCCCCCUGCCAGCUUCCAAAAGUCCAAAACAUCCAAUACUCCUCCGGGUACCGCCCCGGCAUCAUUAUAGAAAACGGAACCGUUGUGUUAUUCUAUUGCUCGAACAAUAAUACCGAAAACAUCACCUUAAGCGGUAAUGCGAAGAAGACGGAAUGUAACGAAGGGCAAUUGACACCUGAUGUGAUUGGCUGCGACGAGGGAGGUGACAGCCUUCCGCAGGGCGUGGCCGUCAACAGGACAAGCAAGGCGGGGUUUCUGGGCGGAAGCGACAUCAUGAAAGGUGGUGACUUUAAGGAUAUCGAUUACGCAGGCUCGGUUAUAAAGUAUUGUGGACCACCAGCCAAGGUUAGAGGAUCCCUCGUUUACAGAAACGGAAAGCAAAUUAUCGAAAACGAUAACACGUUCCCAGAAGGUACGGAAGUUACUUUCAACUGCAUAGAAAGCAUAAUGGGAGAAAAGACCACAUGGAAGAUAGUGUGCGAAGAUGGUAGCUGGAUUGGUCGAUCCUUGAAUUGUGACGAAACCGUAUCAACUCAGGCGCUCAACAACAACAGCACCUGCAUCUUCAAGAAUCAAGAAUUGAACGUCAUUUCGUUUUACAACGACCAGCAAAUCCGAGAGGAUGUUGUGGAGUUCCCAGCUGGGGCUGUAAUCACCAGUAGGUGUGCUGAUAUCGGGAAAUAUACCAUGGUAGGUCCCAACAAGAGACGGUGCAUGGGAGGUGAUUGGGAUGGCAUAAAACCAGCUUGCUCUGGUUUGAACCAAGAAAACGAUUACUCUAUGGAAAAAGCACCCACGAUCCUAUUCAGAUAUCAAGAUGGACCCAUAGCUCAGUCGAAUGACGGAAAGCUGAUCGUGUACCCUGGAACAAUACUUCACAUGGAGUGCUUGUGGAUGAGACGCUUUGGGAACCCUAAGUGGACAGUGAGUCAUGAUUACAGGAAAUACCCAGAAGGGUGGACAACCGAUCCAGGCAGAGACUCUCAAUUGGAGUACAGACUUUCGAUUAUACAUGCAUCCAAAGAUGAUUCUGGCAUCUUUACAUGCCUAACUCCUGCAAGAUAUACCCACUCCGUUGAGAUCGAAGUGAAAGCUGUACAUUGUCCCGUGGUACCCCAAAGAAGAGGACUAACAGUCAAUACACAGAGUACUAAAAUGAACACAGUACUGAAGUUUUCAUGCAUAAACGGAAACUCCCUGAUUGGUGCUUCAGAAGUCACCUGUCUUCCAUCAGGAAAUUGGAGUUCUCCUUUCCCUGUUUGUGAAAGUAUUGAAUGUGGGGAGAUGAGCGAGCUGCUUGGCGAACAUUUGAAGGUUAUGGUACUUUCAAGAGAAGUUGGUGGUAAAGCAGUGUUCAGUUGUGAUCCAGGGUUUGGUUUGAAAGGCGCUGCUGAAACUGUAUGUCAGACAAAUGGAGAAUGGGCUAUCCCAUUCCCUACAUGCAAAGAGGUACACUGUGACAGUCCUACACCUCCCCAAAAUGGUUACAUCCAAGGCAGUGGUCCCUACAAGGCUGGAGAUGUCGUUCAGUUCAAUUGCAAUCCAAAUUAUAUGAUGGAAGGACAGCCGAUAAUGGCUUGCCAGGAAAACUCACGAUGGUCCGGAAAGUUACCAAAAUGCGUCCAAGCUUGUUCAUAUCCAGGCACCACAAUCAGCGGACGAAUGUCAGCAGUGAAAUUUUUCUACAAAAUUGGAGAAAACAUUACGUUUACGUGCGAAGAAGGCCUAGUACUGAAGGGCGCUUCUAUUUUGAAGUGCCUCAAAAACGGCAAAUGGUCUAAUACAAUACCGGCAUGUGUUGAAGAAAAUUCUGUCAAACGAGCCGAAAGAUCCAUCUAAUAAGCACCCAUAACAGACGUAGAUUAGUUUUUAGCAAUUUUCUCUCAUGAUGGUCCAAGAAUGGACCAACAUUUAAAAAAAUCCAUAGAUACAUAGCAGCUCAGUGAUCAAAACGUAUCAAUCAUAGCUAAUAGUUCUUUAUAACAUUACUAUCAGUAGGAUUUUAGAUUUAACACGAUCUAAACUAUGAUUCCUAAAAAUGUUAUUCUACCUCGAAUCUAUUACAGGAUCAGAAUUGUUUCAUGAUCCUAUAACAAAAUCAAUGGGUAAUUGGACCUAUCGUUCUCUUCUUCCUUUAUUUUACUUGGUCUUGAUCUUCUUAGUACAAAGUGAAAGCAAUCUAUAAUCUACAGUGAGGCCAUUAACAAAAAAAAUUGGUUCUCUUAUAUAAUCAAACCUUUUACGAUAUACGGCUUAGUGCAACUCUUUGAGAUCUAAUCUAUAGCUGUUUAGUUAUAAUAUGCCGGUGCCUCGCAAAUAAAAUGUUUGGAAGGCGGCAAUAACUUGCUCAUUUUUAAAAUCUAUACACUUCUUACAUAUCUUUUAUAAUUCCUACGAUAUCAUAAGUAGAAGUAGUUUCUUAUGAAUAUCUUGAAAUCAAAAUGUUGAGAUGUAUAUCAAAGCUGGAUCAGUGUGAAAGUUCAUUUUUUGAUUUAAGAAAAAAUACAAACUUAAUAGAAUAUUCAUUACUAUCAACAUAUUUGUAAAUUCGGCGGGUUUAAUUUUUUGAAUAUCAUUCCUUCCAAAUGUUUGCUAUCCCUUCGGUCAGUUCCGGAAUGAUAUUGUUUCUCGUCGAAUGUUGUCUUUAAGCUCUUCCUCUGUUCGUGAAUGGUUGGAAUACACCUUUAAACUUUAGAUAACCCCACAAAAAAUAAUCGCAUGGCGUGAGGUCGGGUGACCUAGGAGGCCAGUGAAUGUCUUCAAACCUCGAUAUACGAGUAGCUUUUUAAGGUGCUUUCACCGUGUCUACCGAUUAUCUGGAAGUAUGGGCAGUGGCCCCAUCCUGUUGAAACCAUGAGUUUCUGUUAAAUCGACGUUCUGUUCAUAGAAUAGUAGCAAAUAAAGUGUCAAUCAUGUCCUUGUAUCGCUCGGAAUUGACUGUCAAUGCAUGACCGAAUCACGUCUAACGUUCCAGUGUGACUAUUUAAUCCCCAUGACCUCUCCCCACUCCGUCGUGUAUACGGUUACCGCGUAAUUCAAAUUUGAAAUGUGAACUUUCCCACUGAUUUCAACUAGCAGUUUGUAGUUUUUAAGGUUUUUUGAGCAUCGGUGUUGUUGGAAACGAAAAAGAACAAGGCAUGCUCUUUUUCGUUUCCCCUACGGUCUAUGAUAGAGUGAGACAGAUUCAUCGUUUGUUAUUUCUGAAAGUAUUUUUAUUGAAAACAUGUUUAUAGAAUGUAACAACUUCUUGGGUAUGAUCAUAUCUAGUAAUACCAAAGAAUACAGAGUUACCAGUAGAAGAACCACUCCUGUCAAAAACAAGCUCUGCCGCGGUGGCUGAGAUAAUUCUAGCGGAAAAAUCGUUUUUUGCACAAUCUCAAUAAAAAUGAAAAACAAUUUUUUAAGCAAUUUUCCAGAUUGCAGAUUCAUUAAAAGGGGUCUUUUGUAAAGAAGUCACGCGAAAAAACGAAAGCAGAUGCGAAGAUACUUCCUGUACUAGAUAGUCAUGGCCGGCAUCCGAUCCCGUCAGAAGUGAGUCGCGUGGUUGUUGGAUGUGUACAGGGCGAUUCACUAUGACAACUUGGUGGAGAAUGAAUGAAUGCAUCUUGAAAUUAGAGGCAUUC